AUGAGGGGUUUGGUGGGGAAGGUGCAGCUGAGGGUGCAGGAGGGGAUGGUGCAAGUGGGGAUGGUGCAACUGAGGGUGCAGGUGGGGAAGGUGCAGCUGAGGGUGCAGGUGGGGAUGGUGCAGGUGGGGAUGGUGCAACUGAGGGUGCAGGUGGGGAAGGUGCAGCUGAGGGUGCAGGUGGGGAAGGUGCAGCUGAGGGUGCAGGUGGGGAUGGUGCAGGUGGGGAUGGUGCAACUGAGGGUGCAGGUGGGAAAGGUGCAACUGAGGGUGCAGGUGGGGAAGGUGCAGCUGAGGGUGCAGGUGGGGAAGGUGCAGCUGAGGGUGCAGGUGGGGAACGUGCAGCUGAGGGUGCAGGUGGGGAACGUGCAGUUGGGGCAGUGCGUUGCUACCCUCCAGGGGUGUCAGUCACGGACGGUCGGAUCUAUGUAG